UCUCAUUUUGUGAAAAAAAAAGAAAAACCUAAACCGACAUUCUCUGCUCUCCCUCUGCUAUAUUUAUUCUCCCCCCAUUGUAUACCAUCCACUUGCGAUCCACUUGGUGAUCGUCAGUGCGUGUGUGUAUUGAGCGGCGCAUAUUAAUGGCAAAUCGAAUAUAAUGGAUCUAUUUACUCUUUACGAUUGGAUAACAGCGUUGUUGCGCCCACGUGCAACAUAUAAAACAACAACUCAACAGAAACAACUAACAACAACAGCGGGCGCCAAUCAACAAACCCCCAACUCAGAUACAAAUGAGACACAACAUCUGGUGAACGUUGAAACAUCUAUAAAUAAUAUUGAAUUCAUACCAACUCUAGAAUUUGAUUUAGAUACAACAUCUCAGGCCACAUACGACCACUUGCAACAAUGUUUAGAAACAUGUUUUUCGGUUGUUGAGACACCACCACAACAGCAACAGAAUGUUUCAACGACAACAACAUCAAAAAGUUCUGCUCAAACAUACACAGUUGAAAGAACUCCAAGCGAUCGACAGCAACAGCAGCAGCUCCAGCAAGAACAACCAGAAGCAUCAACAUCUUCGUUAAUAGAUACCAGUGAAUUGUUACAGCAGGAGGUCCAACAAUUUAGUCUUACAGACACUGCUUCAUUUGCUACGUACUUUGAUGAACCAACAUCCUCCAUAUCACUCGGCAUAAUGGAGAGUACACAUACCAAUAACACAUUAAGCGAACAGAGAUCAACAACAGAUCAUAUGCCGGCCUCCACAACGCCAACUACAUCGAAAAAUACAACAAUAGCAACAACUGCAACAACUGCAACAUCAGCAACACCAACGUCCAGUCAAAGUAAUGUGCCACAAAGUUUAGCCAAUCCUAGUUUAAGUGCAACAGCCGAUGAAGAGGAUGAGAUAGAGGAGGAAAUCGAAGAGGCUUUGGAAAUGAGUGAAGAACAAGAUUUAAGUGUAUCGCUGGCGGGUCCCAGUAAAAAACCUCAAAUGGACCAGUUAUUUGGCAUAGAAUUCACGGACAGCUCGGGCAGUGAAGAGUUAAAAGUUGAGAGAGGCGGAAUGAGUAAUAAAAGUAAGAGCUUACAGAGCAAUAGUACUAGUGAUCAAUUUAAAAUAGACGAUGAUCAAUUAUCGGGAGGCAAAUUGGCUCAACAUUUCAUAAUAGAAGAUGAUGACAGUGAAGAUUCUGGAGAAAUAGGUUUGCCUGGGGAAAAACGUUUAGAACACUCCAAACAUGAGGCCUCUGAAUAUGAAGAUGAUGCUAAUGUUUUAGCUAGCCAAGCAGCAGCUGAAGAAGAGGAGAGUUUAGCCAAUCAAUCCACCGCUGAUGAUGUGUCCGAACUGCAAGAAGAAGCUAAAAUUGAGAGCGAAGUAUUUAGUCAAAUAACAGACAAUAAAACAACAGAACCAACUGAACAUGAUUUAACCAAAAGCAGUCAUAGGGAUACCUUAGAGAGCUCCACAACUAAGCAGAGCAAUAAAUCCAAUGAUGGCUCUAAAACAGGAUCUGUCUUAAAAAGUGAUAACAUUCAAAAGGAGGACAAGCCACUAGUUAUGAAACCUGCAAGACCAGAGUUUUUUGAAAAUCCCGAUAUUAAACCUUUAUCGGGAGCCUCUUCCCUGCACAGUGAAAAAGAUCAUUCCAUUGAAGAAAUAAUGGCUUCAAAUCACUCCAUGGAAAUGACAUUCGAUGAACGUGAUUUAAGUUCUCUUAAUCCCAGUUUUGAUAUGCACAAUGACACCCUGGUUAAUGAGCUAUUGGCCGAUACUCCAGAAAGGUCUCAGCUGCAAAGUAAAAUGAAAAGUUUUUUAAAGGAAGAUUCGAAAUUAAUGAAAGAACAAGUGGCAGAGGAAGAAACCAGAGUCAGUAUGGGUGAGUCUUUCUUAAGCUCUACCAAGCUGCUGGAAAGUAAACAGUAUUUGGAGAAAGAAGAAACAGUAAAAGAGAGUGAUAAAGAUAAAACUGUUAAAUUUAUAGAGCAGGAGAAAGCAGUUAUGUUAGAAAAUCUACCAAAAUUAAGGGAAAAUAUUACAGUCUCCAUUAUACCCAAUGAGCAGGUGGUGGAGGAAAUUUUUGAAACAACUUUGCAAUCGGAAAUGAUAACCGAUUUAGAUGAUAGUCUGCCGGAAAUAGCAGAAAAGCCCUCAACUUCUAAACAAGCCGAAAAGUUAAUGCAAAGUAAUUUAUCUAAAUCUUUGGAUUUGAAAGAACAUCAAGCCAAAAUAGAGCAGUUGGAACCUUGGUCUACUCUGCAAAUAAAUACCAAGGAAGAAGAUGAUGAGGAAACCUCUUUGCAGUUAAUGAAACUAAGAAUAAUGGCCAUGAAAAUACAACCAAAAGAUAACCAGCUGCAACUGUCUCCCACAGGAGAAUCUGCGGGACCUGUAGACAACAGCCAAGUUAAAGCCAUGGAGAGAGUUUCCUUGGUAGACUUUGCCAAAGAUGUUUUAGAGGACAUAACAGAGGAAAGUGAGCGCAAUUCUUUAUCCAUCCAAGAUGAACAAAAUUCUCUGACACACGAAAAAUCUGCCACAUUGACUUCGAAAAGUGACAGUAAAACUUUGAAUAACAAAAAUGAGAAUUCUAAUUCGGCAGUAAGUUUAAAUAUGAUACAAAUGCUGGAACAAAAGGUGGGAGAACUGCAACAAAUGUUGGUCAACAAAGAUGCUUGUUUGGCUUCAUUAAAUCUACAACUGGAGCACAAUAAUAGAAGAGAUUCUCAAAAUAACAACAAUUCGCCGGAACUAAUGGGUUCGGGUAGAGAUUCCAGUUCUUUGGUAACAAAUUCCACUGAAUAUAGAACAUUUCAGGAGGACUUUGGUCAACCGACCAUGGACAUUUAUAUGGAACUAUCCAAACGUGAUGAGUUAAUAGCCAAACUAAAUGAAUCGCUGCAACAAUCUCUCACCAUAAGAGAACAUUUACAAGGAGAAUCCGAAAAACUAGCACACGAAGUGGGUUUACUACGCAAACAACUCACAGAAGCCAUGGAGUCGUACAAAAAAUCCUAUUGGCCGCGUGACCAAGAAAGCAACUAUGGCCAAAGAAUUUCAGAAAUAUCCAUGGACUUGGUCAGUGAAUCCGAUGAUGAUUUAGAUCGUCUCUAUCUAACCGAUAAUGAUGAGAAAAUGUCCCGCAAUUCCCGUGAACGUCAACUGUCUAUGCCCCGCCAAUACGACUAUCCCACCAGCGAUGCGGAGAUUGCGUGUGAUGCCACCGCUUUUAGCAAACAAAUUGAACAAUUCCAAAAAUAUCUAACACCCAGUGAAGUGAGACUCUUCUUUAUGGUACAAAAGAAAUUCGAUGAUUAUUUGUGUCAAGAAUUGGAGAAAUGUAAAAUGAAAUAUGAUCAAGAACUGAAAAUUGUUAUGGAUCAGUGGGACAGUGAAAAACAGGAAAAAGACAAGGAAAUACACAAACUUAUGCAGCAAAGGAUGGAAAGAGACACGAAACAUAAUCAAGAAAUGGAAGAUUUAAGGAAAUAUUUUGAAACCAAAUGUGCUGACCUGGAGAAACAAUAUUCUGAUGAUGUGUUUUCCCAAAAAUCUCAACGUCAUGGCUUGACCUCUUCCUCGGCCUCCGAAUGUUCUGAUCAAGAACAAUUGCCCGAUGAUUUUAAAAUUGUCACACCCUGCAAAUCCAAAGAAUCAUCGCCACGUAAACGUUCAAAGGCUGAACUAUUAUUAAGUCCAUCUCAUCGUCAAAUGACUCCUGGCAAUGAUACAUUCAAUGAAGACUUGGCCCCAAAUCAGGGAACACAAUUGGCCUUGGAAAUUACCGAAUUAAAGACAUUUUAUCAAAAUAAAAUUCAUGAAAUUCAACGUUCCCAAGAUGAUCACAUCAAAAAAUUGAGCGAUCGCUUAAAGUAUUAUGAAUCUCGUUAUCCUGAAGAUGAGUUUGUGUCAUCAACUACUAAAAAUUCCACCCUGAAUUCGACACAAGAGACCACAACAACAACCAAUACCGAAGAUUUAACCCAAAUAACCGUACGUAGUUUAAAUCAAAGCCAGCCAAAUGAAGAACUCAGCGCACAGGCCUCGGCCUCCGGAACACCAUUUCUUAGCAAUCAUAACAAUAAUAAUAAUACGUCAUUGAUCAUAAUCGAUCAAGAUGAAUUGAAUUCUAAUAACGAGGCCCAGGUGAUACAAAAAAUAAUCGAUGAAUAUGAAAGACGUUUGCAAGAGCAAUUGGCAUUGGCUAGAGAAGAUAUUGUACAUGAAUUGGAACAGCAGAUACAGACUUUAUUGUCGGAAUCAACAACAGAUGAUCAACAUUGGCCAAAGGAAUUGAUAUUGUUGAGAGAGAAAUUUACGGCUAAAUGUCAAUUAGAAAUUGCACAAUUACAAAUUAAACAUGCUGAUGAGAUGUCUCGCUUAAAACAAGACUAUGAAAAACAACUAAAUCGCAAGAACAAACGCCAUUCAACGUUUGAUUCGGCACGCGAUUUUGACAAACUACUCAGUGAACGUGACAGUUUACGUGAACUAUCCAAAGCAUUCAGACAAGUACUCUCUGAAUUGCUGAAAUGUGUGGCCAACUGUGAGAAUGAUAUAACUGAGAAUCUAGCAGAAGAAGUACAACGUUUGCUCUCCUGCAAUCGUACCCUAGAAGAACAGGCUCUAGAAGAUUUUACCCUUAACACUUCCCUCCUAAACGAUACUUUAAAUACCAGCAAAUUGCGCAUGAUACCCGAUGUACAAAGUCUAUUGGAAGUGGUAGAAGAUCCCAGUUUAAUACAGUAUGUUAGCGAGAAGAAUACAGAUACUACUGAGGAUUUCGAUUUGAAAGAUUGUCUAGAGCGUUUACGUUCGGAAGCCUCAUUUCUGUUGCAUUUAUCCGAGGAAGUGGUUAAGAAACAUGACAGCAAAGAGCGAAGAGAAAGUUUCUCCAGUGAACGUGAGAAACAUGACAGUGAACAAGAGGAUGGUUUGAAAGUUCAACAACAACGUAAAUUUAUACGUGUCAAUUCGCUCAAUGAACAGCAAUUACCCACCCAUCAGUCUUCUUUAAUACAACAAGCACAUAAUCUCAGCUCUUUGCCGCCAGAUCUAAAUAAAUUCUAUUUGGACAACAAUUCCAGCAGCACUAACAAUGCCUCUGAAUUGAAUUUCCAAUUGGUGGAGUUGAAAAAUCGCUUGGUUAAAUCUGAAAACGAUAGAGUGCGCCUGCAACAGGAAUUGGAACAUACCAUAUCACGCAACUCAGACUUGGGUCAAGAGUUGCAGCAUUUAAGAGAUCAACUGUCACAAUUAAGUUCUCUUAAUAAUGUUGAAUACAAUGAGGGCUAUGGUUUGGGCUCCAUGAAAUCUCCACAACGUUUGUCCCAUUCUGAGCAUUCUUCAUCCAGUUUUGCUUUGCUGCAAGAAAAGGCACGGAAUAUAUUGUCCACUCCUACACAGAAACAGCAGGGCAAUGAUUCUACCGUCCAGUUGCUGCAAAUGAUUGAGGAUUUCUGCCGUGAGGGUGACAAAGUGGUGGAGUGCAGCAAAAAGGAUCGUGAAGAUUUGCAGUCACAGAUUAUAACGGCCGACAAACAAUUGAAGGCCACUCGUCAAUUUCUGGAUGAACAGGCAGCCGAACGUGAACAAGAGCGUGAUGAGUUUAUGAAGGAAAUCGAAAAUCUUAAAGCACAACUCCGGGAUAAAGAAAAAGAACGCAGCUCCUAUGCCAAUGCCUCUGAGGAGGUUGAGCAUUUAGAAACCCAAAUACGUGACUUGACCCAAAAGCUGCAAGAAUCCACCAGUAAACGUGAUAAAUUUGAGGUUGAGUUGAAAGCUUCCAUCGAUAAGAUCUUUGUGUUGCGUGAAAUAAUAUCGGAUUUGGAGAACCAGGUGGAAACAAAAGCACUCAAUGAACAUGUUAUGGCGGAAAAGGUUAAGCAAUUGGAGGAGUUCGUCAACACACAAUCCCGCUCCAAUGAAACCCUCCAAAGUGAAGUACAAAGUCUUAAAACCGAAAUCGAACAAAGCUAUCAGUUGCGCAUCAAUCAGCUAGAAGAAAAAUUACAAAAUAUACGUCCCUCUGCCGAACAAAGUAUCAUUAUGGAUCAAGUGGUGGAACAAUUGCGUGACAUUGAAAAUACCCUGGAACAAAAAACCAAAAACUUAGAGGCCAUACAUUCAAAUACAAAUUCCUGCAGUUUGAGUAUAACCGAAGAUGUUUCAGUGCAUGGUGCUGGCAAGGCAACACAAUCAUUAUUAACCACAAUAGUAACACCGCCACAGGGUUCACCGGUACAUCCAUCGCCCAGACAACAUUCUCUUACCAUGGAGGGUGUACAAAGAGUGGUGGAUAAAUUGUCUAAACACUCGAGAGUAGAAGAGGCUGCUGUUAAACGUAUAAGAGACUUGGAAAUGCAAAUACAACAAAUGAGAACAGCAUGUGUGGAACUUCAGCAUGAGCGUGAGUCCUUGCAAGAGCGCAUGUCCGAACAAACUCAGCGCAUCUCCGCCUUGCAAUCACGACUCGAGGAGCAACGUCAACGUGCCGAAGAACUGCAACGCUGUAACACCUCCGAUUUGAAUAUACGACUGCAUGAUGUGCAAAAUGAAUUGCAAAAUUUGCGUGAAACUCUGUCGAAUCGUGACAAACAAAUUGCCACCAUGAAGCAACAACUGGAAAAGAGUAAAAUGGCCAUAGAUCGUUUGGAAGCAGAACUGGCAGUAGAACAUCAACCCGAUCGUAGUGCCCUUGAAAGAUUGGAGAACGAACUCAAACAAAAGCAAUUGGAAAAUCAAAAGCUAAAGGAUAAAAUCAAAAAUGAAAUGAUCAAUAAAUUGGCAUUGCCCGAUCUAAUGGAAACCAUGUUGGCUGAUAAAAAUGAAGAGAUUGAUCAUUUGAAGGAGCAAUUGGAGAGCAAAGAAAAGGAAUUGCAAUCGGUAUUGGAUAUAAGUCAAGCUUCAUCGCUGGGUACAGCCAAGAAACCGGAAGAGGCUAGCACAAAAUUAAGCGCCAGGACUCUAAGUGAUAUUGUUUCCAUAACUGAGUUUGAUGAGCCAGAUGUGGUGCGCAGAGCGGCUGCUCAUAACAUGACAUCUCCUCUGCUGCUGCCCGAAGGUAGUGGCGGCUUUUUACACAAUACCAUGGAUACUUCCAAGGGUGUGGUGGCUAAUUUGACCCACAAAAGAACCGAGGAUUUGUCGGGCUUUACCACUUUACAACAGGUUAAUACCUUUGAUCAUCCCCACUACUUCCAAGAUCCCAACAUAUUAAUGGGUUCAGCCCAAUCACAAGCCUCUAUUGCCCCCGCUUUAGUGCCAAGACAAAUUAACUUCUCUGCCAUGACCGAAGAUUCGAAAUUGAAAACUCCCAAUAAUUUCCAAACGACGGAUAAUAAGGAGACCCAGGCCAAAGAGAAUUUACAGCAAGAAAUCCAUCAACUUAAAGAAAAGAUUCAAGAGCUUGAAAAGGAAAAGGAGAAGAGUGCCGACUAUUUACUAUCCUCCCAACUAAGAUUGACCAAUCUUCAGGAUGAAUUGGCUCAUAGUCAAAAGGAAAUAAUGAGCCUGCAAGCCGAAUGCAAGAAAAAUAAAGAACUGCAGCAACAACUCCUCGAGAAAUCUGUGGAAAUAGAAAAUCUUUUGCACGAACAAGAGAAAUUGAAAAAGGAAAAGUCAGAAUUACUCAGUAAAAAUGAAAAGAAUUUAAGAAACUACCAGGAAAGUGAGGAAACUCUAAUCAAACGUUUAAGAGAAAUGGAAGAGAAAAUCUUGAAAAAUACCGAAAAUGAAAUGAAAGAAAGAGAAAACUUGCGCAAGGAACUGCUGGUGGUAAGCGAGUCGCAUGAACAAUGCAAAUAUGUACAACGCGAUAAUGAGGAUCGCAAAAAACAAAUCGAAUUAUUAAAUCAUGAAAUCAAAAUCAAAGAUGAGAGGCUUUUGACUUUAACCACGAAACUAACCUUAGCCGAGGAUACCAUAGCAGAGCUGCAACUACAAAUCACUAGUUUACAGCAAGAUGUGGAGAAAUUAAAGCAACAAAACAGUGACAAUAGCUCCAAACAGUUUUCGGUGGAUGAAAUAGCCCAGCAGGUGGAAAAAGAGUUGAACUAUUCGGCCCAAUUAGACUCGAAUAUUUUGAAGGCCAUAGAAAGUGAAGAGGAGAAUAAUUUAGAUCGUUCGCAUCAAGAGAAAAUCGUGGCCAAUGAACAUCCCGGUACCACAGAUGAUGAAAACUUUACCGGCGAACGAGAAUUGCUAAAUCAAUUGGAAGCUUUGAAAACACAAAUCUCAGUGGAAAGAGAACAUGCUGAGGAUAUACGCCAGGAAUUGUUAAUGCAAAAACAGCAUUCGCAAGAAAUACAAGAACAAGAUGUGGUCAUUAUAGAGGCUAUGCGUAAAAGAUUGGAAUCAGCCUUAGAACAAGAAGAUGAACUGCACAAACACCUGGACAUAGAAAGAGAAAGAUGUGAACGUUUGCAGACACAACUAACCACUUUGCAAAGGACCGAUAGUCGCCGAAAUUCUGCACUUUUGAAAUCGCCCACAGAAUCACCCCGCAAGUCGCCCAGAUCCCUGAACGACUUUGAAUCUGAGCUGGCCGACAGGCUAAGAAGUGAAAUUAAAUUAUUAACUGCCCAAAAUGAAAGAGAACGUGAGCGGUCAGCUGAUUUACAAAGAAACACUGAAAGGGAAAGAAACCGCUAUGAAAAGGAAUUAACCGAAAGAAUUGACUAUUGUGAGAAACUUAAACGUGAAAUGGACAAAGUGGCCAGAGAUAAAGACAAUGCCGAAAUGGAAAUAGAACAUUUACAGGAACGUUUAACUUUACAAACCCAAGAGAUAGAAUCCCUGGAGGCACGCAUAGCCAGUCUGCAGGAGGCCGAAACACGCCGCUUUACACGCAAAGAAAAACAGCACAAAGAAUAUGCCCAACUAAUGGCCGAAAUACAGGAGCUAAAAACCCAACUCUAUGCUGUGGAAUCAGAAAAGGAAGGUCUCAACAAAACCAUUAACCAGCUACGUUUCGAUGUGGAACGAUCGGCCCAAAGAGAAGUCAAACUAGCCGAGGCCUUGGCCAAUGCUAAUACCAAUCUGGCCAUGCGUGAAGGCCAAACCAGCGUACCCGAACAAUUUCUACAGAAAAUGAAAGAAAUCAAUAGUCUGCUGGCAGAAAAUACUCAAGAAAACAAACAAAUGGCCGAGACAGUACAAUAUUUGGUGGAGGAACGCAGACAAUUGCAAAGAAAGUGUGAAGAGCUGGAAUCUCAAUUGAGUGGCACGGCCAAUAUUAGUGAGCUGGAAGAACGUUGCAAUCAUUUGCUGGGACGCUAUUUACGUGUGGAGUCGCAUCGCAAGGCGUUGGUGUAUCAAAAGCGUUACCUAAAGAUUUCCCUGCAAAACUAUCAGGACAGUGAGCAACGGGCUUUGGCCGCUUUCAAUGGCGGUCAAUUGUUGCAGAACACCAGACCCAAAAAGAAAUUAAAGACUGUAGCCUUGGCUAUUAUUGCCAUACAGCGUAUGAAGUAUAUUGGUCGCAUUUGGCAUACUGGCAAACGGAUUGUUUCCAAGUCAGUGUUUACUAUAACGCAACAAAAACGUUCCCAACCACCGACCAUAAGUUGUGCAGCUAUAACCUCCACCUCACCCACACCCCAUAUGAAUGGCCAACAACAACAACAGCUGCAGCAACAUCUGCUCUAUCAGCAACAAAAUCUGAAUAGUCCUUUGAAGUUAUUGGAACGAAAUUAUGCUCCCUUGAAAACUCCCACAUUAUUGAAUGGCAAUCGUACGCCCAACUCAGCCUCAUCCUCCACAUCGACAGCCACAGCAUUUGAAUGGCCCCGAGUGACUGUAAACAAAAUGCACAAGAAAACAACAUAAUCAUUAUUUUAGUUAAACUAAACCACAAAUUAUAAAUUUAUUUUAAAAACCAACAAACAAAAAAUGCUCAAAUUGUAAUUGAAGCCAUAUUUAUAUAACAAAUAGUAAUUUAAGAACUUUUUUUUAAAUAUUAAAUGUAAGAAAUUCUAAAACCUAAUUUGUAAUCAUCAAUGGAGAUUUUAAGUGUAAAUUGUUAUUUUUAUUUUAAAUUUGUUUACAUUAAUAUUCUGCAAAACCCAGUAUUUCCAGUUAAAACUUUUUUUAUUUGUGAGUAAAUUCGCCCUUAAGUCCAGUCCUAAGUCAUAAUUUUGUAGUUUGUAUACUCAGUCUAAGUUGACCAUGUUUAAGUAUGUUUAAGUUUUAGUGUUUAAAAUCCCUUUUUUUAUUGUAUUGAGUUUUAUAUUUUUUUUAAAUUUCAUUAUUUAUUGUUUUUAAUUUGUAUUUUUUACUUUUUAGUUUUAAAUUUGAAAACUUUUUUAUAAUAAAAAAACCAUUAAUAAUACCUUAAUAAUGAUUAA